AUGGCAGCUGACAUUGUCGAUAGUAUUCCAGGAGCUGAAAGCUUUGGCUCUUCGAUCAAGCAAGCAACAAUCCCUCUUGGUAAUCGGGUCGAACUAGCCGAGCUCUUCUCCUUCCCGAAUCAUUCAUCACAUCAACGAUCUCCUGCCACCAAUAGCAAUGACAGUAGUCAUGCCCAAGAAAGCGUGGACGCAAAGGAACAGCACAACACUGAAAUGUCACUGGAACAAACCAUCCAGCAUUACUUGACCUCUUCCAUUCUUCGUGAUGGUUAUUCCGAAUCCUCAAUUCACAUUGCCAAAUCCAAACCAAAAAUUGGUAUCGAUAUGAGCAACAAGCACGAUUACAGCAACAACAACGACGACCAAUUAUACGCAUCCAUAUCUGGAAACGCUGCCGUGUCAUAUUCCCAAGCACUCCCUCAAUUCCUGAAAAUUGGUAAACUAGGACUGCAAGCUUGUCAACAAGCCCAAGCGGAUGGUCUGUGGAGGGAAAACUGGCGAUUCUUCUUGCCCUUGGGAUUGCCCCUGACUCGGCACUGGACGGUAGAACUCUUGCAUUUUCCACCCAGUUACACCUUGGAAGAGGACCAAGAUUAUUUGGCUUCACGAUCGACUCAGCGUUGGAAGCAGCUGUUGACCGUCAACAACAGUGAUGAAAAUAAACAAACAACAAAGACUGUGCAGCCCGAUUUGGUGUCAUUGAGUCCGAAAGACGAUGACCAAAAAGGAGAUGAACCAACCGAUCGAUUCCAGGCGAUCAUCGACAUUGUCCCGAUCGCGGCGCCAUCAUCAGAUGGCAAGAAUAUGAAGGAUGUGUACACAUAUUUCCAGGACUACAUUAGUGCAAGUUUAGCGUUUUGGGCCUCCAACACCACAACUACUGGUGGACAAGAAGAUUCGACACAAAAAGCCAAGCCGAUCAUUGCAUUUGGCUGGCCAGUAAAGUGUUGGGUGGAAGCUAAUCAAGCACAGCAUCAUUGCAAAAAUGUUUACCCAACGUCAACGACCCUCAAGAACAAUGAGGAGGAAAACGGCAGCGACACUUUAUCCUUGGAAGUCCUCAGCCUUACUCGCAUACCCAUUGAGACUACUGACAACAACCAUGCUUCGUCCACGCAAGUGCUAAUUGCCAAUCAUCCGAGCUAUUUGUACAAUGCUGGAAAACGAAUGACAUCCAAUACAAUAAGAUCUUUGGGAGAAGACGAGUGUACUCUUCUUGAGAAAAUCAUGAUUCAAGAUCUCAUUGCCGCUAGGUGGCAAGUAAGGAUGGGAUUGGAGCCGAGCCAAGAUCCAGAUAGAAUUCUACAGGAAUGCUGUGAAUUUUGGAGAGAUGCGUCUAGCUUGGAAGAGAUUCAUGCGCUGAUCAACGCACAGGCAUUCAUUUUGCAAUAG